CUCAAGAUGGCAGCCCGGCGCAAUCUGAGGUGGUCGCGACUGUUACUGUGGGGACUGUGGCAGCCCCGGGGGGUUCCCCCAAACCAGAGAUCGGGCCUGGGCCCAGAAACGAGGACUUAUACCCGGAGCGACGGCCCGUACUCGCGCACGGCGCUCUAUGAUCUGCUCGGCGUCCCCUCCACGGCCACGCAGGCGCAAAUCAAGGCGGCUUACUACCGGCAGAGCUUCCUCUACCACCCGGACCGCAACUCGGGGAGCGCUGAGGCUGCCGAGCGCUUCACGCGCAUCUCCCAGGCUUACGUGGUGCUGGGCAGCACCACCUUGCGUCGCAAGUAUGACCGCGGCCUACUGAGCGACGAGGACCUGCGCGGUGCGGGCAUCAGGCCUUCCAAGACUCCCGCCGCCGACCCCGAGAAGCCCCGUACCCCUCCGCCCGGCCCUCGGGCCCACGGCCGCGGUCCGGCCUCGCCGGGAGCCAAGCGCACCAUGUUCGACUUUGACGCCUUCUACCAGGCGCACUACGGUGAGCAGCUGGAACGCGAACGGCGCCUGAGGGCGCGCCGGGAGGCCUUCCGCAAGAUGCAGGAGGACCGGGCCAAGAAGGGCUUACGCUGGGACGAGACCCGAGACUUGGCUUUCGUCCUCGUUCUGCUCACCGUCUUCCUCAUCGUGAGCUCUCGUAUUUAAUCGGAGAGUGGAGGGCAGGGGAGCAGCCCCCAGCCAACACCCCGCCGCCCCCCCCCCCAAGAAAAUGGCCUUGCGUGUCAUCUUGAACCCCUUGCCUCCAUUUGUCUACCUCUGCUGGGGCCCAAAGGAACUGCUCUCCUCCUUCUGUUGCCCACCUGUCCAGCUUAGCCAUUGACCUGCACGUCCCUACCCCCACCCCGCUCCAGAAAAGGAGGCUUUUCGAUGUCGAGAAAACAGGCCCCUAAUGAAGAGUCCUGAAAAUCUGAGAGUGAGGGGUUUUCUGGAGGCCCUGGGGUGCCUGCUUCCAGAUGUCAACUUCUGGAACAUUUGUUCUGGCUUUCUUGUAAAGCUCCGAGCAAGACUCGUCUGCUCCUGCCCCACGCGUAUAACGUGGGGCUCCUGUGUAACCUUGAAACGUGCAAUGUGACCAGUUGUGGCUGCCCAAACAAAAAAAUCUGGGGUCUUACAAAACUUGCCUUUUUGUGAGUUCCCCCAGCCACAGCCACAGCCCGAAGCUGAGACACCAAGGGCGGAGCCCAAGUGAGUGGCCAC